AUGCAGCCACCCAAAUCCAGCUCUGGCGACAUCAAGUGCUCGGUGCUCGAACGCCACUUUGCCAAAGUCGUGCCACUUUUGACCUUGAUCCGCGAGCAAUUUGGCGUCGAGCUAGGCGCGUCAAGUAGCAAGAAUCCUCCAAAUGGUCUUUCAUUCGAGCGAUGGAAGCUUCUUAACAUCACCCUAGUCGGAAUCGAUAGUCUCAUCGCCGCCCAGACGCCUCCACACCGUAGUAGCCAAUGGUUAAGUCAAUCAGGACCGUGCACUACCAUCCACGAAGCUGUACAGGAAGCGCAGCUCCAAAUCCUAGCCAAGACAUCCACACAAACCAGUGCAGUGGCAAGGCGCAGGUACGAUGCCUCGAACAACGUACUGUUGAAAGGCUAUCGACGACCUGAUGAUCGAUUGGAGUCUUUCCGCAUUACGUCUACAGGUAGACCGGGCUUGAUCAACCUGUAUCCGAAUUCAAUGGUCACUUGCCUGGUUUUGAACAAGGAGUGGCAUUAUCUUUGCGAGAGUAUCGGUACGGAGCGGUUUGUGUGGCUGCUCGUGAAUACGAGCAUCUUUGUACCGUUGCUACGUCAUGGUGCUGAUGGUACUUGCUUUGUGCAGCUGACCGGAGCUGCGCUGAGCGAGCGCACCGCGAACUUGGGUGCCGCCGCGAAUAGAGCACAGCAAGCUGGUGCUAAGCGCAAACAUGGUGAGGCGGGUGAGCCUACAAGCACGACACGACAACGAGUGGUCAUAGGACAAGCCGUCGGCGCAAUCCAAACGUCAAAGCCAUUGCUAACCGGAAAGAGGCCAAGGAAGCUCGACCGAGUCACUUCUCGAAUCAGUGCGCGCUCAACAAGCUCAGCACCCGAACUCGACAUCGCUCGUAGUCAAACAGCGGCUUCCAGCAGCGUGGACCGAAAGCCUUCCGAGAUCAUCCUCGUUCGAAGCAGGAUGCUCUACGCGCGCGCUUCGCGCAAUAAGAACGGCCGCGUCGAAGUAGGCCUACCCAGCGUACACGUCAUACCCCGAUCAGCUAUCAGAAAGGAGCUCGAUAAGGUCCUUCCUUCCUCCACUGCACCCAACAAGCCGACUGCUCGCAGCAAGCCGUUGACUCGCAACUGCAUUGCCAACAGCAAACAAGACGUGAAAUCUCCGGAAGCUUUGUUUCACCAGCGACGCACAAGACAUCUGGCAAAGUACGUCUUUCCUCGUCAUUUUGGUCUUCACAACGUCUUCACUGGCGCUCGCGACUACGAUACAACUACGCAGCCUUUCCGGGACUACACAGUGAGAGAAGUCGAGAUCAAAGCGUUGGGCGCUGUACGUACGCCAAAAGCACUCAGACCGGUGCUCAAAGUGUUGGCAAAGAUCUUGGCAAGGCACGACAAGAUCAACUACCGAGCCUUGUUGGAUCGAUGCUGUCCUUCAAGAGUUCCGAAGGGAAGACUGACAGCGCAGGAGCGACAACAGAUCGUUCAAGACUUGGCUGAAGUCGAGUCGUUAGAGCCGACUCAGUGUCAAGAUGUGCCUGUGAAGCCAACUCGGAAAGAAAGCGGAUGUGCAGCGACGUCGACAAUACAAACUAAAGUCAUACAAGUGCCAAGCGACGCAGCGCCCGUAAAGGCUCCAGCAAAGGCGACGAUAGAGCUGGCGUCUCCGGCGCUCCGCAAACCUCGCUACACCAACUAUGCCGUCCCCACUGUAGGCCAAGUGGUGCACUUUGUCACAAUGACCAUCAAGUCUCUUCUACCACGCGACCUGUUUGGCUCGUUGCACAACCAAACGCUGCUACUCGACACCAUCGCCGAUUUCGUCCGGCUGCGAAGAUACGAAACAUUCAAUCUGCACCAGAUCGCACAAUCCUUCCGCUUCACCGACGUCGAUUGGGCACUGCCUGCAGGCGCGGUCAAAGCCAAUCGCCGUCUGACACGCCAAGAAGCCGAAUCGCGCAAAGCGCUGGUUUUCGAGCUGCUAUACUGGCUCUUUGAUGGACUGGUCAUACCUCUUCUCCGCACAACCUUCUACAUCACAGAGACCGCUGCGUACCGCAACAAAGUACUGUACUUUCGGCAGGACGAUUGGCACGUGCUUUCGCGUCCCGUGUUGGGUCAACUCAAGGAGACCAUCUUCGAACCGUUGACUCGCGCCGAAGCGCUGUCAAUGAUGUCGUCGCGCAAGUUGGGAUAUUCACACGUCAGACUGCUGCCGAAGGAGACGGGCGUCAGGCCCAUCGUCAAUUUGAGACGCCGUAGUACAAAGCAGGUGCACACGUACCAGCAGGCCUCACAAGAUGCAGCCGGAGCUAAGACGAAAAAGCUCAAGUUGAGCGCGGCGUUGGCCAAGCAGAAGAGGGAGUCGCUGAUCCUGGGUCAGUCGAUCAACUACAUCUUGCAGUCCGUGUUCCACGUUCUGACCUACGAGAAGAGUCGGAUGCUGACAGAUGCUGGCGAUGAGGAUGGAGGUGGUGCAUGGAGAGGCGUGGAUGGUGUAGGCGCAGAUAUGCUUUCGAGCUCCGUGUUUGGACCUAACGAGAUCUAUGCGCGGCUCAAGAUGUUCAAACAGAAGUUACUGCAGGAUCGGUCUCGCGCCGGUGGCGUACGAGGCAAGGGCAAAUUGUACUUUGUGAAAGUCGACGUGAGGUGUGCAUUCGAUUCGAUCGAUCAGAGCAAGUUGCUCGAGAUCAUUGAAAAGAUCCUGUGCAAGGAUGGCGCCGACCACGACUCUGAAGGAUAUCGGAUUCAUCGCUUUGCCAAAGUCAUGGCUUCGGCCACUCACGAGACGAGAUCAUCUUCGGCUUGCGCUGGCGUGGCGCCUGUGGGGAAAGCCACGAAACGAGCGUUUGUCCAACUCGCACGGCCAGAUUCGGAGCAUAUCGACUUUUUUUCGCUCGCCUCGACCCUCGCUGUGGCUCUGCACGAUGUGGUGUUCGUCGACGGCGUCAGCUACCGUUACGAAUCGACAUCGGUGAUCCUCAAACUGCUUCGGCAGCACAUCACGGAAAACCUGAUCAAGAUCGGUCGAGAAUUCUACCGGCAGCGUGUGGGCAUUCCGCAGGGGUCGAGUCUAUCCACACUGCUCUGUAGUUUCUUCUACGCCGAGAUGGGCGCGAGAGAUGCAUUCCUCAGUACACUUGGCUCUGAAAAUGCCGGCGCAAAACAGAGAAGCUUGCUGAUGCGGUACACAGAUGACUUCUUGCUGGUAACAACGAGCAAGAAGACUGCCAAAAAAUUUUACGAGGUCAUGCGAAAAGGCCAUCCUGACUACGGUUGCUUUAUCAGCGCCGAAAAGACGCUCACAAAUUUCGACCUGAUCGAUUCGAACUCGACGAGCAGCCCUCUGGUCGCGCGCAUCUACAAGGACGAGUUUCCCUGGUGCGGCCUCACAAUCAACACGCGAACGCUCGGUGUGUCGACCGAUCUCACGCGCUAUGCAGGCCUCGACAUACGCGACACUCUGACCGUCGAAUACUGCCGUCGACCGGGCGCCGCUCUGGUGGAGAAGAUGAUCCAGUCUGUCAAAGCUCGUUGUCACAUUCUCUUUACCGAUACAGCACUCAAUGGCGAUACCAGGGUUUACGGUAGCAUCUAUUCGAGCUUCCUCGUAGCAGCAUUCAAGUUUACCGCCUACCUGGCAGAGUUGAGACGCUUCAAGAGACAGUUCACGCCCGAGUUCCUGUGGAAAGCGAUCCAACGCUUGGUCAGAUUUACGAGUAGGUACAUUGGCAGUCGUGCAUCUAGCGCCAAAUUCAAACGACAAGCUAUGAACAAGCGCCAAAACUCAGCAAGGCGCGCACCAGCUGGAAGAGGAGCAGGCAGAGGCAGAGGCAGAGGCACAGGCAGAAGCAGAGGUGCGAGCGCGGCGUGGAAAGUGAGCUGCACGAUCCGACCACAUUACGUGCACUGGUUGGGCUACUCGGCGUUUCGCAUGGUGCUGUUACGACAAGCUGGUGCGCGCACCAAGCAUGUAGGCAUGUUCCGACGUCUCGAUAGAGACACUCGCGAGUCGCUCAUAGGUAUGAUACAUACAGCUGCUGCACAGUCGUCGUUUGCUGCCGCCAGGUCAAAGCUCGCCCCUGUAACAGCUAGAGUAUUUAGAGACGCUCAGAAGUCCUUGUCAAUCUGA